CUUCCCGGCAUGCCGCGCGGCGGGGCCCGGUUCCGGAGUGAGCCCGCUAAGAUGGCGGCGGCGGCGCAGGGGCCCGAGGCCUGGUGACGCCGGCGGCGAUGGCGGGGGAGCUGGUGGAGAAGAAGGAGCGGGACCCGUCCCCGGCCAAGGAGGAUCGCAAGCGCUCGCGCUCCCCGGACCGAGACCGGGAGCGCGACAGGAAGAGCCCCCCGGGCAAGGACAGGAAGCGGCACCGGUCCCGGGAGCGGCGGCGGGGCAGCCGAUCGCGGUCCCGCUCCAGGUCCAAGUCGGCUGACAGGGAGCGGCGACACAAAGACCGGGAGCGCGACAGGAACAAGAAGGACCGCGACCGGGAGAAGGAUGGGCACCGGCGGGACAAGGACCGCAAGCGCUCCAGGAGCUUGUCCCCGAGCCGAGGCAAAGACUCCAAGUUUCGGAAGGACAGAGACUCCCGCAGGGCGGCGGAGGAGGAGGAGGAUGCGGCGCUGAGGAAGGAGAAGGCCCAGCCUCUGUCGCUGGAGGAGCUGCUGGCCAAGAAGAAGGCUGAAGAGGAGGCAGAGGCCAAGCCCAAGUUUCUCUCCAAAGCCGAGCGGGAGGCUGAGGCACUGAAGCGGCGCCAGCAAGAAGUGGAGGAGCGGCAGCGGCUGAUCGAGGAGGAGAGGAAGAAGAGGAAGCAGUUCCAGGAUAUGGGGAGGAAGAUGCUGGAGGACCCGCAGGAGCGGGAGCGCCGAGAGCGGCGGGAGCGCAUGGAGCGCGAGACCAAUGGCAAUGAGGACGAAGAGGGGCGGCAGAAGAUCCGCGAGGAAAAGGACAAGAGCAAGGAGCUGCACGCCAUCAAGGAGCGGUACCUGGGUGGUGUGAAGAAGCGGAGACGCACUCGGCACCUGAACGACCGCAAGUUUGUCUUCGAGUGGGACGCAUCUGAGGAUACGUCCAUCGACUACAACCCACUGUACAAGGAGCGGCACCAGGUGCAGCUGUUGGGCCGCGGCUUCAUUGCCGGCAUCGACCUGAAGCAGCAGAAGCGAGAGCAGUCGCGCUUCUACGGGGACUUGAUGGAGAAGCGGCGGACACUGGAGGAGAAGGAGCAGGAGGAGGCCCGGUUGCGCAAGCUGCGGAAGAAGGAAGCCAAGCAGCGCUGGGAUGACCGGCACUGGUCGCAGAAGAAGCUGGAUGAAAUGACGGACAGAGAUUGGCGCAUCUUCCGCGAGGACUACAGCAUCACCACCAAGGGCGGCAAGAUCCCCAACCCCAUCCGCUCCUGGAAGGACUCCUCCUUGCCUCCCCACAUCUUAGAGGUGAUCGACAAGUGCGGCUACAAGGAACCCACCCCCAUCCAGCGCCAGGCCAUUCCCAUCGGCCUGCAGAACCGCGACAUCAUCGGCGUGGCUGAGACUGGCAGUGGCAAGACGGCUGCCUUCCUGAUCCCCUUGCUGGUUUGGAUCACCACGCUGCCCAAGAUCGACAGGAUUGAGGAAUCGGACCAGGGCCCCUAUGCCAUCAUCCUGGCCCCCACGCGAGAGCUGGCCCAGCAGAUCGAGGAGGAGACUAUCAAGUUUGGGAAGCCGUUGGGCAUUCGCACUGUGGCUGUGAUUGGGGGCAUCUCCCGCGAGGACCAGGGUUUCCGGCUGCGCAUGGGCUGCGAGAUUGUCAUUGCCACGCCAGGCCGGCUCAUCGACGUGCUGGAGAACCGGUACUUGGUGCUGAGCCGCUGCACCUAUGUGGUGCUUGAUGAGGCCGACAGGAUGAUUGACAUGGGCUUCGAGCCUGACGUGCAGAAGAUUCUGGAGCACAUGCCUGUCACCAACCAGAAGCCUGACACCGACGAGGCCGAGGAUCCUGAGAAGAUGCUGGCCAACUUCGAGUCGGGCAAGCACAAGUACCGGCAGACGGUGAUGUUCACGGCCACCAUGCCACCAGCAGUGGAGCGCCUGGCUCGCAGCUACCUGCGACGUCCAGCCGUGGUGUACAUUGGCUCGGCUGGCAAGCCCCACGAGCGCGUGGAGCAGAAGGUCUUCCUCAUGUCAGAGUCGGAGAAGAGGAAGAAGCUGCUAGCCAUCCUGGAGCAGGGCUUCGACCCACCCAUCAUCAUCUUCGUCAACCAGAAGAAGGGCUGCGAUGUGCUGGCGAAGUCACUGGAGAAGAUGGGGUACAAUGCCUGCACCCUGCACGGUGGCAAGGGCCAGGAGCAGCGAGAGUUCGCCCUGUCCAACCUGAAGGCCGGUGCCAAGGACAUCCUGGUCGCCACGGACGUGGCUGGCCGUGGUAUCGACAUCCAGGACGUCUCCAUGGUGGUGAACUACGACAUGGCCAAAAACAUCGAAGAUUAUAUCCACCGCAUUGGCCGGACGGGCCGAGCCGGCAAGAGCGGUGUGGCCAUCACCUUCCUCACCAAGGAGGACUCGGCUGUCUUCUACGACCUGAAGCAGGCCAUCCUGGAGAGCCCCGUGUCCUCUUGCCCGCCGGAGCUGGCCAACCACCCCGACGCCCAGCACAAGCCUGGCACCAUCCUCACCAAGAAGCGGCGGGAGGAGACCAUCUUCGCCUGAGCCACGGGAUGCCGCGUGCUAACAUUUUCUCCCAGGGGAGCCUGCUGGAGAAGGGGGCCUUUUUGCCCCAGACUUUGCCUGUGGCUGCCAGGUACUGCCCUGUGUCUGGAGCAGCCUGGACUCCACUCCCUGCCCCUGCUCAACCAGGCCCUCCCCAGCCUGGGCUUCACCUCUCUGGGUUGGGCAGAGCCGUUAGGGGACAAGCAGGGACCAAAAAAGCCUGCUGCACCCCACCCCUCCCUGGGGUCAUGGUCCAGACCUGGGAGGGGGGUUCCUGUGCCCUGGCAACCUCCUGCUGGGGCUGCAGCCAUGUGACGGCCUGUAGCUUGUAUCUUGCCCCAUGCAGCCCUGGCAGCUGGGCCUUUGGGGCCGUGCCCCCCACCCUCAGCAGAGCCAAGCUGUGGCUCGAAUUAAACCCUUCUGUUUUAAGCAGGA